AUGGGUUCAUUAUCUUCACAGUCCUUCACAGCUAUUCCUCUUCUCGACUUCUCUCUAUCCGCAUCGCCAGACACAAAACCUCGGUUUCUCUCGGAGUUGCGCAAUGCUGUGGUCAGUGUGGGGUUCUUCUAUCUCGUCAACACCCCAAUCGCUCCUCAUGUCCAGCAGGCAUUCAUCGAAAAGUCACUGGCUCUAUUUGAUCUGCCGCUAGAAAAGAAACUCGAGAUUGAAAUGGUCAACAGCAAGCACUUUCUAGGAUAUUCCCGCCUUGGUGCGGAGACGACCGCAUCCAAAACUGAUUACCGGGAGCAGUUCGAUUUUGCAACAGAACUCCCAGCCCCAGGGCCAGAUGAGCCCCUCUACAGGAACAUCCGAGGACCAAACCAGUGGCCCGAUGAAACCGCCAUCCCGGGCUUCCGGCAGGCAAUCGAAGCGUAUCUGGCCGAAAUCAGUCCCCUGGCAGAGGCGUUCAAGUCCCUCAUUGCAGAAGCUCUGGAUCUUCCAUCAAACGCUCUGUACCCCUUCUUCGAUCAGCCCCAGCAGCACAAACUCAAACUGAUCAAGUAUCCCCCACCAAGUAGCACUUCCCAGUUGCAAGGCGUAGGCGCGCACAAGGACUCGGAAUUCCUCACCUUCUUGCUGCAGGCGACCCCACACACGGGGCUCGAAGUGCAGAACAAAUCCGGGGAUUGGAUCCCUGCGCCACCGCUGGCCGGCUCCUUGGUGGUGAAUAUCGGACGGGCGCUGGAGGCUGUAACGGGGGGCGUGUGCACGGCCACCACGCAUAGAGUGAAUCUCCGGCCGGAGGAUUUCGCCGACGCUGAGGGAAAAGCGCUGGGGCCGAGGUUCUCUUUUCCUGUUUUCCAGGGGAUGAGUCUGGAGCUGUGUGCGGAGGAUAUCCACCUGGAUAUUCCGGCGCAUAUUAGGGAGCUUGUCAGGGAUCAGCAGGUCCGCUCGGAUGCGGAGGCGACGUUCAAUCGAGCGUUUCGAGGAAAGACCGGAGAGGGAACGCUCAUUCAUCGUAUCACUAGUCAUCAGGAUGUGGGACGACGGUGGUAUCCGGAAUUAUUGGAGUGGGCGUUAAAGGAGAGACAGGGUUAA